AUGUCCAAUGUGAUGAUAUCCCACCAACAAACAAACAAGAAAAUGCCACCACCAUCAGAAAAGGACAAAACACCAGUCUCGAAGCCAAACCCACCACCAGACUACUUCCCCACCCCGCUGCCUCAAUCCAUCCGUUCCGACAUCCUCACCUGGCGCUUCCCCAGGCCGUUCCACCAGCUCACCUUGACCGGCCGCUCCCGCGCAGCAUGGCACACCUCGUUUGUGAUUCCCGAGCUGAAUCUUCUUCUCGAUGCUGGGCUGGUGGUGGGGGCUCACCGACCUAAGCAUGUCUUUCUCACUCAUGGACAUUCCGACCACUGCCUGCUCACCCCUGCCUUCUUGAGGGCCGACCCCCCUCACACCCCGCCGUUGCUGUACUGCCCGGAGGAGAUGGCCAGGCCGCUGGAGCAGUUCCUGCAGGGGAGCCAGCUGUUGAACAAGGGGUUUACCGGGUUUGGGGAGGGCGAGGGGGAGUGCAGGUUGGGGAGGUUGGGGAGGUACACCAUCACGACGAUGAAGCCGGGGGAGGAGACGGGGUUGAGGUAUGUGAAGGGGCAGAGGUGGAAGGCCACGGCUGUGAGGUGUGACCAUACUGUGGCCAGUAUUGGUUACGUCUUUUCCACCACGACGAGCAAGCUGAAACCUGAGUACCAGGGCUUGAAGGGGGAGGAGAUCAAGAGGUUGAGGACGGAAGGGGUGGAGAUCACGGGGGAGGUGGAGCAGCCUGUUUUUGCUUUCAUGGGGGACACCACUGCUGCGGUGUAUGAGGAGGGGGGGGAGAUGGAUGGGUUUUUGAAACGGGGGGUCAGGGUUGUGAUUACGGAGUGCAGUUUUUUGAGGGAGAGCCGGGAGCAUAGGGAGCAGGCGGAUAAGACGAAGCACACCAUGUGGAGUGAUUUAGAAAGGGUGGUGAGGAGGUGGCCUGGGGUGGUUUGGGUGGUGAUGCAUUUUAGUUUGAGGUAUGAGGAGGGGGAUGUGGUGAGGUUUUUUGGGGAGAUGGAGGAGAGGCCGGGGAACUUGGUGGUUUGGGCUGACGGGGGGGUUGGUAUGGGGGAGGGCAGGUAG